AUGUUGCAAGAAGAUCCAUACCUUCACCCUCGAUCUCCGUCCAAAGAGCCGGCACCGAUACCCGAGGAUUUCUUCUACAACGACGUCGAAAAUCGAAUCUACGUUAAUCCGGCCCCGUUGACUCCGCCCGUUCCGUUGGACAUCCGAAAUCCGAUUGCAAAGCGUUUGAUGAAAGAGAACGAAGCGAUGAUCGAUCAAGAAAUCCUAAAACAGGCUGCAAAUGCAACUACCGUCCAACAACCGCAGUUCCAGGAUUUGAUCCCACUCAGCUUCGACGAAAAGGAACAUAUCCGAAAAGAAGAACAGAAACGACAGAAUCAAAGAGAGAAAGCCGCGGAAAAAGUUAAAAAGCAAGGCGAAGGAGCCAAACUUGGUGAUGGCAGUUCGAACUCCUCAUCGCAAAGACCCGACGUUGCACGAGGCUCAGCGCAAAGUGGAGCUGGCACAAUUGAUCGAGUAGCCGCUUCAGAUGUGGCGGCUCAAGCAGCCUACAGUCGACUAUUGGCCAAGGAGGAGCCAAAGACGAGCUACUCGCAAAAGAAGAUUCAAAUGCUUGCCAAGCAGGAGCUGGAGAAAGAAAGGCUCGAACGGGAAGCAAUGGAGCAUCAAAUGGGCAAUCUUGGACUUCAACAGGCUUCAACGAUUGAUGAAAAGGAGUUGAAGCACAGCAAUGUUAUUAAGGGAGUCUUCUACACGUGUGAGCUGCUAGGUGAUGAUGUGGCUUUGGAAAAGGAUGAGUUGAACAACGUUCUUCAAGAAUUUCUUCAUGACCAAAUCGCCACUGCCGAGGAGGAUGCUUUGAUUCCGGCUGUGAUCAUGCUCUACACAUUGAACAAAAAGGAUCCACGUCAAACUGCGGUUGAUACGAUUUGCACCUAUUUGAAGAACAUUGCCGAGUUUCCUGAUGAGCCAAAGUAUCGCCGCAUUCGUGUCUCAAACAAGGCGUUCCAGGAUCGAGUCGUGAAGGUGAAAGGCGGAGUGGAAGUGCUGGAUGCCGUGGGUUUCAAAACGGUUCUUGAAGGUGAGCCAACAGAAGCUUUCUUGGUGAUCGGUGCAGAAAUCGCCGUCAACACGGGCACGAUUCUCACCGCAAUGGAUACAAUUCGAGAGGGACAACCAGUGCCCAUCAAAGUGGCACGUGACACCAAGGCUUUCAAAGUUUCUUCAGGUGGAAGUGUGCCACUUCCCCACUUGCCUCCAGACUUUUACGAUCUAACUGCUGCAGAGCUGGUCAAGGAACAACAAUUGCUGAAGGAGCAAACCGAUCGAAUGACUUCUUUGCGCACCCGCGAGAUGAGGGAACGCGAUAGCAGACUUCGCAACUAUCGAUACAAGUACACGUUGAUUCGUGUACGUUUCUCGGACCGCUUUGUGAUUCAGGGCACUUUCGGAGUCUAUGAGCCGGUGCGAGCCCUCAGGGAGUGGGUUGCUGAUCAAAUUGAUCAUCCUGCGAUUCCAUUCACUCUGAAAUGCGCAAAUGAGCCGCUUAACAACGACGAUGUCAUGUUGGGAGAUGCAAAGCUGGCCCCUUGCGCCGUUCUGCAUUUGGAAUGGGAUCAUCCACCAAACGGGCCCUCGCUUAAAGAGAGCUUAUUGUCUAUCGUGCAGCCACUUGAUUCA